AUGAUACCACAGAAACACAUUCUCACCAAGGCAUUCGUGGUUGAAUCGCCAAAGGCUCCAUUUGUUUUACAAGAUGUUGUUUUGGACGAAGUCCGGGAUAGCGAAGUCUUGGUCGAGAUGAAGUAUACUGGAAUAUGCCACACGGAUCUUGUGGUUCAAAAUGGAGCGAUUCCUGUGGGUGAUUACCCUGCUGUGCUUGGCCAUGAGGGCGCAGGCAUCGUGCGCCGGGUCGGUAGCGGAGUCAAAGAUAAGAGUCUGAGCGAAGGCGACCGAGUCUUCCUCAGCUUUACAACCUGUCACAACUGCACACCGUGCCGUGAAGGGCGACAUGGGUUCUGCAGUCGCUUUACUGAAAUCAACUUUGGUGGAGUCCGAGGUAUAUCCGCUGCAGACUCACCUAUUUCCUCUACCGACGGAAAAGCUAUCCGCGGACAAUUCUUUGGACAAUCGUCGAUGAGCAAGCUUGCAAUUGUCCCGGAAACCUCGAUUGUGAAGAGUCCUGCGGCUUCGGGGGUCACGGAUGCGGACAUGGCGCCGCUGGCCCCGCUAGGAUGUGGGUAUCUUACGGGUGCAGGCACAGUGUUGAACGUUCUGAAGCCAAAGCCAGCUUCUCGAUUCGCCGUACUGGGUAUGGGAGCAGUCGGUCUGGCGGCUUUGAUGGCUGCGCGGGCUCAGGGAGUCGAGACCGUCAUUGCGGUGGAUAUCGUCGAUGCGAAGCUUGAACUAGCUGCUUCCUUGGGGGCAUCGCACACUCUGAAUACAAAGAAGGUAACCGAUCUUGCCCAAGGUCUACUUGAGUUGUUCCCCGAUGGGGUAGACCACAUACUCGAUACCACCGGAGUGGUCCCUUUGCUUCAAUCUUCGAUCAAGGCAUUGGGCCACGAGGGUACGUUGGCUAUCGUGGGCGUUGCUCCAUCUGGAGCAUCGCUGAACAUAGAUCCUCUAGAGUUCAUGGUUAAUUGUAAACGUGUUGUCGGUGCUAUCGAGGGAUCUGCUAACCCUGCCAAACUCCUUCCUCAAUUAUUUGCCUGGUAUAAAGAGGGCAAGUUCCCAGUUGACAGAUUGGCCAAGGUUUAUGAUGCAGAAAAUCUAGAGCAAGCAUUGGAAGAUCUUCACUCGGGAAAGGUCAUCAAGCCAGUGCUGAAGUGGGCAGACCUUUGA